CGCCGGGGCCCCCGGCCGCGCCCUCUGCCGCCGGCCGAGCGAGCCGCGGAGCCCCCGAGAGGCAGCACCAUGGCGGAACAGACCUAUUCGUGGGCCUAUUCCCUGGUGGACUCCAGUCAAGUGUCGACAUUUCUGAUAUCCAUUCUUCUUAUAGUCUAUGGUAGUUUCAGGUCUCUUAAUAUGGACUUUGAAAACCAAGAUAAGGAGAAAGACAGCAACAGUUCUUCUGGCUCUUUCAAUGGCAACAGCACCAAUAACAGCAUCCAGACCAUUGAUUCCACCCAAGCACUGUUCCUCCCGAUUGGAGCGUCUGUCUCUCUCCUCGUCAUGUUCUUCUUCUUUGAUUCAGUUCAAGUCGUUUUCACAAUAUGUACAGCAGUUCUUGCAACAAUAGCUUUUGCUUUUCUUCUUCUCCCGAUGUGCCAGUAUUUAACAAGGCCCUGCUCACCUCAGAACAAGAUUUCCUUCGGUUGCUGUGGGCGUUUCACUGCUGCCGAGCUGCUGUCGUUCUCCCUGUCUGUCAUGCUCGUCCUCAUCUGGGUUCUCACUGGCCACUGGCUUCUCAUGGAUGCUCUGGCCAUGGGUCUCUGUGUUGCCAUGAUCGCCUUCGUCCGCCUGCCAAGCCUCAAGGUUUCCUGCCUGCUUCUCUCAGGGCUUCUCAUCUACGAUGUCUUCUGGGUGUUCUUCUCAGCCUACAUCUUCAACAGUAAUGUCAUGGUGAAAGUGGCCACACAGCCAGCUGACAAUCCCCUCGACGUUCUGUCCAGGAAGCUCCACCUGGGACCCAAUGUGGGGCGUGAUGUUCCUCGCCUGUCUUUGCCUGGAAAAUUGGUCUUCCCAAGCUCCACUGGCAGUCACUUCUCUAUGCUGGGCAUCGGGGACAUUGUGAUGCCCGGCCUCCUGUUAUGCUUUGUUCUUCGCUAUGACAACUACAAGAAACAAGCCAGUGGUGACUCGUGUGGGGCCCCUGGCCCAGCCAAUAUCUCUGGGCGCAUGCAGAAGGUCUCCUACUUCCACUGCACCCUCAUCGGGUACUUUGUAGGUCUGCUCACUGCGACUGUGGCGUCUCGCAUCCACCGAGCUGCCCAGCCAGCUCUCCUCUACUUGGUGCCAUUUACCCUAUUGCCACUCCUCACCAUGGCCUACCUAAAGGGUGACUUACGGAGGAUGUGGUCUGAGCCCUUCCACUCCAAGUCCAGCAGCUCCCGGUUCCUGGAAGUAUGAUGACGCGGGAGAGGUGACCAGAGCGCUGUCCUCACCUUCCUCUCUCACCGCGCGGUUUUGUUCCCUCUACAAGCUGGCCUGACUCAGGCAUGCCUGCUCACGGAACUGCAGUGUGACUGGAGUGUGUGUCUGAGGGGAGCGUUUGCAGAGGGCACUGGAGCCCUGCACAGCCCUUCUCUUCUCCGCUCUGGGAGAGUGGACCCUUCCAGAAGGGGCAGGCCGGCCCUUCGCCCGGUGCUCCUCCUUCCUCGUGUUUUUAUGGAUCUGCACCAGACUGUUAACUUGUGGGGAGAUGGCGAAGUUGACUUAUUUAAAAACUACAAACAGCAAGUUGUUGUUCUAGAACUUUGAACACUAAAUGGAAGAAAAUCCAUUAGCAGACCGAAGUCUCUUCAGUGAACCCUCCGAAACUCUGGGACCAGUUUCCUCUGGGGGCUCCAUACAGAGACCCAGGGCAGAACUUCUGCCCUAUUUUUUUUCUUUUUUCUUUUGGAUUUAUUAAAUAUUUUCUGUGGUGUGAAGUGACUUAUUACAUCCACAGACAUUGAAUGACUUCUUACAACAUACACAUAAGAAUUUGUUGUAAUGACUGUGUCCAGCCGUGUUGGCAGUGAGCAGGACGCGGUUGGUUUAUACAUACGUACAUAUAUAUAUAUAUAUACACACACGUGCACAUAGAUAUCUGUGAGUAAACAGCGACUAAGCCUGCUAAGGUCACGCCAUGCAGCUGCCGGGGGCUUGCUGUCAUGGGAGCAUGUAGAACAGUUUACCUGGCUUCCUCGCACACGCUGCUGUCUCCCUUGAGAGUCGCGUGCGGUUGUAAGCUGUGGAUGCGCUGAACUGAUAGACUUGUGGGCUGUGGGGACUCCUCCUUUUGAUCAGUGUAGCAAAUUAGGGAUGAAAAGUUUGAACUUUUUGACCCUUUUCUUUUUACAGGCUUUUCCCUCGCAGUUUUUAGUAACCGCCUCUUGAACCAGUGCAUGUAUUAUAGCAGCCGGUGUCUUUGUGCUUUCUGAUCAUAGUUAUGUACUACCUGUAAAUACAUUUUUCUAUUUUAUAUUUUUUUGUAUUUUUUUUGACAUUUCGUUUCAUUGGUGCGCUGUAUUUUCCAUGCCCUCAGUCCCUUAGAAAAGACAAAACAGAAAAAAGCAACGCAACUCUGUCCUUGCUGUGAUGAUCACAGCCUCAGUUUACCUGUGGUGACAGCAGGCUGUGGGGACAAAUGUCAGUUGCCUCUGCAAAUGGAGCUGAAGUCCAGGAGCUGGAGACAGAGCAGGCUGCUGCUGUGACUUCAAAACCUGGCCCCGCGCUGUUGCUGUCCGUGGGCUGCACAGAGCCUGGCAUCACCAUCACCUCACACUUGGUUAGCUGCUGCCUGGGUGCGAGGCGGCAGGCCCUAGAGUCUGUUCCUUCCCGGGGCCGCUGGCAUCGUGGCCUGCCUGUCCCUAUUCCUGCAGACAUUGUGCAGAGUGCACAGCCCAUCGUGUCCAUGGAGCAGCGUGCCACCAAGUUGUUGGUUCCUCUGUCGUCUUCAGACUCUGUUGAGGGGUUUGAAGGGUUGGUUUUGUCUCUAAUAAAUGACUCCUUUUUCUA